AUGAAGUCCUUGUUCACCCUCGCCCUCGGCUUGCUAUCAUUGGUCUCAGCUGCGCCUCCCACUGUCAAUGGCACACGCUUCUCCAUCGACGGCAAAACGGGGUACUUUGCCGGUACCAACUCGUACUGGAUCGGCUUCCUAACCAAAAACCGAGAUGUCGACACCGUCCUUGACCACAUCUCCUCCUCCGGACUCAAAAUCCUGCGCAUCUGGGGCUUCAACGACGUCACCCGCAAGCCAGCCUCCGGCACCGUGUGGUACCAGCUCCUCUCCUCGUCCGGUUCCCAGAUCAACACCGGUGCCGAUGGCCUGCAGCGCCUGGACUACGUCGUCCAGUCCGCCGAAAAGCGUGGUGUCAAGCUCAUCAUUAACUUUGUCAACAACUGGAGCGACUACGGCGGCAUGCCAGCCUACGUGACUGCAUUCGGAGGUUCCCAGGAGAGCUGGUACACCAACAGUCGGGCGCAGGCGCAGUACAAGGCCUACAUUGCCGCUGUUGUCAACCGCUAUAUCAACUCUUCCGCUGUCUUUGCCUGGGAGCUGGCGAACGAGCCCCGCUGCAAGGGAUGUAGCACUGAUGUUAUUUACAAGUGGGCAACUGACAUCUCAGCUUACAUCCGCAGUUUGGAUUGCAACCACAUGAUCACCCUCGGAGACGAAGGGUUUGGACUUCCCGGGGCGACCAGCUAUCCGUAUCAAACCAGCGAAGGCGUGGAUUUUGUCAAGAAUCUGGCCAUUAAGAACUUGGAUUUUGGCACUUUCCACUUCUAUCCGCAAAGCUGGGGGGUGGGCAAUGCUGUUGGUGCAGCUUGGAUCAAAGACCAUGCCUCGGCUUGCAAGAAGGCCGGGAAGCCUUGUCUAUUUGAGGAGUAUGGCACCUCAACCGAUCACUGCACCAUCGAGCGACCUUGGCAACAAGCCUCCCUCCAAGCUGCCACGGAGGGCAUGGCAGCUGACUUGUUUUGGCAAUGGGGAGAUAAUCUGAGCACGGGGCAGACACACAAUGACGGGAACACGAUCUAUUAUGGAUCAGCCGAUGCCACUUGCUUGAUUACCGAGCAUGUCAGGGCCAUCAACUCCCUCUAG